GCCGAGCUCUAAUUAGAUAUGCCAGCCAGCCAGCCAGCCUGCCUGUGAGCAGUCGCUCUCCGCAGCACGUCGAGAGAGGAGUCCGCCGCAGAGAGGACAGAGGAAAGCUAUCUGCUCAUCUGUCCGUCCGCCGGCUUCCUCUGGGCAUCUGCAAGGUUGGCCUCGCUCGUGUCUGCGACGCCUCCACGCUCAAGAGAUGACAUCACAUGGCACUGCGCUGAAGGAUUAAGAGGCUCCAGGAUUUGAACUUUUUUUUUUUUGGGUGGAUGACUCUUGAGUAUAUCCUCGAGUGGGACGCUUGCAUACUCAAGGAGGACUGCAUGGAUUAUCACCACUACCUGAGACACCCCACGAGAUCCUGGCAUUGCCAUUUUGUUCUGUGCUUAUGGAGAUUGCUGGUGACAUCUUGACUGCGUGUAUCUGGCCUACAGAGCCAAGUCUUGUCUUGCCGCACAUGCAGGUGAGUUAUGACAUGUUAAUUACAGGUUUCUCUUUUUUUUUUUUCUUGCCUGUAUACUUUGAGCUAGUGCCUGAUUGUGUUUGUUUUCAUCAUUUCAAUUUCAAAUUUUGGUUGGUCGUUUCGGGUCCCACGUGUUGAUAAGCGCGCCCUCUUCUAAUGUGCGCUAAUGGUUGCUAAUGUUUACACGUUUUGUCUGUUUUGGCUGUUCUUACGUCUCCCGACCUUAUUCUCGGCAUGCCCCCCCCCCCCAAAAAGUAAUCUUGGAAUGUUUUUUUAUUAAAUAAUUCAUUCACGGAAGUGGUCAAGUGACAUUCAAGGCAUGACAAGUGCAGGAUGAAAGCGUGGGAGACCUUUGCCACUUUGGUAGGCUUCAUGUUUUGGCAGAAUGGUCACAUGCUUACCUGCACCAAGAGUGAGUAAGUACAAGAGGUUCUUCUGACUGUUGCAAUAUGUUACCGAAAGGCAGAAAGAGAACAAUGUACAUAUUUUGGCAUGUUCUAGUCUUCUUGCAUUUGGGCCAUGUGGAGCAGUGGCAGUCCAAAUCUACCAGUGCAGGGUGUGGAGUGGAACAGUACAGGUGGGAGAAGAUCCAGGCUCUCAUUCAGCUCCAAAAUUAAUUUUUGUCCGGGUGGUAGGGACAACAUUCGCCCAAAUGCAAAAACAAAAAAGCAAAUAUUGAAAGAGUGGAAAUUUUUGCUCCCUGAGCCCUAACAGCUCUUUGAAAUGAGCCGCAGUUGCCCAGCAGGACUGACCGGAUAUGGAGAGAGCUAGUGACCAGCUGGCCUUUUGCUGGUCUCACCUGCAGUCUACCGGCAGUCGCUUGACUGCGGCUCAGUCGGAAGAGCGGCUUGGCAGGAGAUCUUCAGAUCUUCCAUCAUCACACUCUCGAUCACUUGUGUAAAAACAGCAGGUGAACUCGAAGCCUGCGUGGCUUCCAAUAGAUGGCAUCACAGCACCAGACUUGGCUCGCGCUCCCAGGCGGGUUGCUGUGAAGAGCUGCUGCGCCUCAUCGAGCUCCGCCAAGGCCGCAGGCAGGUCACGGCUCCAAAACAAGCGCCGUUCACCAUUUUGGCGAGCGCGCGGCACACGCGGAAGCGCCGCUCGGAAGGACGGAUGCGAGCAAACCGAGGAUGGCGCGCCCCGCCGCCGCCGCUGCCGUCGCCGCUGCCGCCGCCGCCCGGAUCCGAAGCCCCCGGACGGGUUGGCGUCACAUGCGGACCUAUGACGGCCGGCCACCGGUGAACUGUUGCGGCGCGCAGCUGGGCGAGAUUUGACCGCGGUGGAAGGGCAAAAGAGGAAAAAAACAUUUUAUUCCCUUAACGCUGCCAAUUACGGCGAGAGGAGGAAGACAAGACUGCACGAGAGCAAGCUCGGGCGGACAGGGGAGAAAAAGUCCACUUUGUUGAUGCCUUUUUGGAGAAGCGACGGGCCGAAGAAGUUUUGUGGACACAACAUCGCAGGGACCUUUUGGGAGAGAAGGCUCGCUGUGUGUGCGCCGCUCACACACGCACACACACACGCGCGCGCGCUCUCACCGAGCCGCGGGGAGCGAGGCUGUGGAAACUCGCCUUGUUUUUGUCCAGAGAGAAAGUUGCUGAGAGAAUCGACAGGUAACUUUUGUUUAGUUUUGUUUUGUUUUGUUGUUGUCGGACGAGAGAACCGUUCCCGCUGCCGCUUGGAGUCGCGUGUUCACGUUUCACCUGCUCGGGAGCGCCGCCCGACUCGCUGUUCCUGAUGUAUAACAUGAUGGAGACAGAACUGAAGCCCCCAGCUCCCCAGACCAAUACGGGGGGCACGGGCAACGGCAACACAGCCGCUGGCAACCAGAAAAACAGCCCCGAGCGGGUCAAGAGACCCAUGAACGCUUUCAUGGUGUGGUCGCGCGGCCAGAGGAGGAAGAUGGCGCAGGAGAACCCCAAAAUGCACAACUCGGAAAUCAGCAAAAGACUGGGCGCCGAGUGGAAACUUCUGUCGGAGAGCGAGAAGCGGCCCUUCAUCGACGAAGCCAAGCGGUUGCGGGCCCUGCACAUGAAGGAACACCCCGAUUACAAGUACCGGCCCCGGCGGAAGACCAAGACCCUGAUGAAAAAGGACAAGUACACCUUGCCCGGCGGGCUGCUGGCGCCGGGCGGCAACGGCAUGGGCGCGGGGGUCGGCGUGGGCGGCGGCCUGGGCGGCGGCGUCAACCAGCGCAUGGACACGUACGCCGCGCACAUGAACGGCUGGACCAACGGCGGCUACGGCAUGAUGCAGGAGCAGCUGAGCUACCAGCACCCGGGCCUAAACGCGCACAAUGCGGGCCAGAUGCAGCCCAUGCACCGCUACGACAUGAGCGCGCUGCAGUACAACGGCAUGAGCAGCUCACAGAGCUACAUGAACGGCUCGCCCACAUACUCCAUGUCCUACUCGCAGCAGAGCACCCCGGGCAUGACGGCCCUGGGCUCCAUGGGGCCCUCGUCGGUGGUCAAGUCCGAGUCGAGCAGCUCCAGUCCGCCCAUCGUCACGUCGUCCUCGCACCGGGCCGCGCCGGGCUGCCAAAGCGGCGAUCUGAGGGACAUGAUCAGCAUGUACCUGCCCGGGGCGGAAGUCAGCGAGCAGACUGCCCAGACCAGACUACACAUGUCCGGCCACUACCAGAGCACCGUGCCCGGGACGACGAUCAACGGCACGCUGCCCUUGACGCACAUGUAAGACAUGCGCCCGAACGAACUUUGAUCAAACAAACUGCGGACUACUUAACGUCGGACUAUUUUUGUACAGAAAAAAAAUUAAAAAUUAAAAUUGGGCUGGGAAAAGUUGUAUAAACGUCACCAUGCAGGAAACGGACAAAAACGCCUGUUUUUUUCCCCCCCUUUGAUUUGUUUUAAGGAAGCUCUAGAGGAGGGAUGCAUGGAUGCAGGAGCUCGACGUCCUCUUCACUUCACUGCUGGAUCGAGUUUGCAAGACGACAAAAAAAGUGGGAGUCGCAAUCCAAUCGUUUCUAAUUGCAAUCAUCUUUUGUACAGUAUUUAUCAAAGAAACAUUACAAUCAGAUGAAAUUGUUAAGAGGUUGCCUACUUUUUUUCCUUUUAUAUAUAAAUUUAUAUAUUGAAAAAGAAAAGCAGUUCCGUCGAAAAUAGAUGGUCGAACUAAUUGGAGCGAUCAAACAAACUGGAAAGAAAGGGAGAGAAACGCGAGCAGGUAGUGCUGUUUUUUUUUUCUGAUUUUUUUUUUUUGCCCCUACCGCUCGUUAAGAAAGAAUUGAGACUUGUCCCCCCAGCUCAUUUCAUCUUCAAGUUAAUUUAUAUUCCCGUCUCCCACUUUCCAUCCGUUUGAGGUAUGAUGCUUGUGCUCUUUCUUUUCUAAUUGAUUUGUACAAUUCAUGUAUAUUGACUGUGAUAUUUUAUGUUUUGAUCUCCAAAUUCAUUCCUGUAGUUGUACUUUGGAAAAAUCGCGGCCUGUACGCACGCGGAAGCCAACUACUCCCAUGUAUAUAUACUGAAACUAAUACCAUCCUUAUAACAGCUACAAUUUCAACUGAGUAUAUUUUUUUCCAUAUGCAGUUUGAAAAGAAUAAAUUUUGGAAAUUUGGAUACUUGAAA